AUGUCAGGCGAUACCGAGUCCAACACUUCUCUUUCCAGUACACCCACCUCAACUCGUACUCGAGCUGCUAGUCCAGCACCAUCGACCGCUUCUACCGAGAGUCCAAGCACGAUAAGGAGAAGUGAAUUCUUCAAAUACAGAAUAACUACCGAGAUCGAGGAGAAAGCACCGAAGGGAUUCGAAUACGAGACCUCGACUAUGGAUGGAGGCAAAAUCAAGCAUAUUUUCAAGAAAGAUGAUCAGAGAUCGGUAGUGUACGAAGAUGGGAAGGAUGAAUUGGGAAGGGGUCAUCUCUAG